AUAUCGUCAUCUGCGCCAGUAUCGCCCAUCUCACCAGCUCACCAUGGGCGAGACCAUCACGAAGCGCAUCCACGUCGGCGGCCUCAUUCCCACUAUAACGGCCGAGCACCUCCGCGACCGCUUCCGAAGCUUUGGCACCGUCACGGCCGUGGAGGAGAUAGGGCUGAACGCCCUCGGCGAUCCCCGCCCCUUUGCGUAUCUCACGCUGGAGACUACGCCUGCCCAGUUCCGGAAAUGCCUGAACAUCAUGUCUGGCGCGACUUGGCGCGGCACCACGCUCCGCCUCGCCGAGGCCAAGCCCCGCUUCGACGUCCGGUUGGAGAAGGAGCGCACCCGCGACCCAAAGAAGGAGGCGCGGCGCGCCUCGCGGCGCCUCAAGCGCGCGAUCGCCGUCGUAGGGGGCAAGGAGGCGCAGGACAUGCGCCUCGUCUCGCGCGACAAGGUCGCGCGCCGCGCCACGUCUACUUUCUGGGUUGAGGCGGACGGGCACCUCAUUAGGCCCAUUGCGAUACGUCCUUCCCACCCGAUUCCCACACCCGCCUCGGUUACACGGAAGAAUGACGGCGCGCCGCCGCCGAAGCGGGCGCGUAUCCGUGUCAUCGACACGCGUCGCUGGGGCCCGACACAUGUGACUGAGCAGGAGAUGGCUGGGCCAGUGGAGCGUGGGGAACAGUGGGAGUUUGUUGAGGGCGACGAGGAGGUGGAUGAGGACGGGCGGGUGCGCCUUGGCGCGUGGAUCCGCGCGGGAGAGGAGGAGGAGGUGCGUGUCCGCCGGCCGCUGGAGUUCAGCGACGCCGAGAUGGAGAGCGACAUCGAGGCGGACUCGCCUCUUUUCCCAGCCCACACCCGCUCGGCAUCGCCUCUGUUCCCGUCCAAGGAGCGGUCUGCCAGUCCGCUCUUCCCGACCCGCGACGCUGAGCGUUCCGCAUCGCCACUGUUCCCGACCCGCGAGGAGGAAGCGGAACCGGCCCACCCAGCCCCCUCCUCCCCUCCUUUCCCGGUUCACGACCGUGUUGCAUGGCUCAAGGACGAAGAGAAGCACACGCUGGAUCGGUCGUCUCGUGCUACUACGCCCUCGCCAUCCCCCGCGCGCGUUGCAGAGGCCGUGGCCUUGGCGGAGCAGCAGGAAGAAGCAGCCGACGAGGUGCGCCUUGAUGCACCCAAGGCCGAGGUCGAGGAAAACCGGGCGGAGCGCUCGCCAACACCCGAGAUCUCGCCGCUCAAGGCGGUGGAGGGCGCCGUUAUGGCGGCCCGCGAGCGUGCUGAGCUGGGAGAGAAGGUUGAGGCUGAGCGGCCUGUGCGCUCGCCGACACCAGAGAUAUCGCCUCGCAAGGCCGCCUUGGCUUUGCCUGAGGAGGUGAAGGCGCAGGCGGCGAGCGAGCGCGGCACCGCGCUGAGUGUGCUCACCUCGCUGCUCGGCGAGGCGCCGACGGUCCGCAAGGCGCGCCGUGAGUGGAUAGCGUACGAAGAGGAAAGUGACGACGACGAUUUCAGCGCCCUCAAGCCGCAGGCUUAUGAGAGCUCGAGCGAUACCGAGAUCGCACCGGUCGAGCGCGCUCGCGCGCCGUCCCCCAAGACGCCGGACGUCGCGCUCCGCGCGCGCUGGCUCGAGGAGCAGGACCUCGAGCUUGAGGAGGGCGACGAGCCUGCCACAGUCUCCAAUGACCUGCUUGAGGACUUGGUGAUGCGGCUGCGUGGCGGAGCUGCCAGCGACGAUGAGAAGUCGGACGACUCAGACGACAGCGAGGACUCGGACUCGGACUCAGACGACAGCUCAGAUGGCUCUGAUAGCGACGACUCUAGCGACUCCUCGGAUUCCAGCGAUUCAUCGGACUCGAGUGAAUCAGGAGAUAGUGCCAACUCUGACUCCUCGGAUGAGGCUGCCGGGUCUUCCUCCCCCGCCGGCCCCGCCCGUUUGAAGGACCUCUUCGCACCCACAUCGGGGGGCUUCUCGCUCCUCGGCGUCGCCCCUGAUCUCGAAAUCGAUGAGACCAUCGUGCUGCAGCCCACGGCGGAGGAACCCGAGCUGGCGCCUCUCGCCGCCGCCCCGCGCUCGACCUUCGACGCGAGCCCAGACAUCCCUCUCUUCUUCCCCCUCCCCGUGCGCCCGGGGCGCCGCGGCGAGGCGCGGAGUGUGCUCGCGCCUGAGGAGGAGGGUGAUGUCAACGGAGAGGCUGAGGCAGAAGAGGGAGAGGGACGGGGCGUCCAGAGGCAUUGGGGCCAGGCGCAGGAGACGACCAAGCCUAAGGCCACGCGUACUCCACGGCUUGUCGCAUCUGAGUCGGACGCCGAGGUACAGGAGAGGUGGAAGAGGCGGCGUCUGGAGUUGACGCAGGCGUGGAAACGCCGGCAUCGCGAGGCUGUCAAACACAGUCGCCGGAGGGGCGGGGAUGAUGUCGAGUAAGCGAUAGACGAGGGGCGCAUGCAUCGCUUGUC